CUCGAAAGCGUGGCAAGCAACCACCUGCAUUCGCCAUGGCGGACUCCGAGAUUCCGAGCAGCAGCUCCUCUCCCUCGAUGGCAGCUCGUGAGUCCAGUUGGCGUGAGUGGUCCAAACGUGAAAAUGGAGAAAAUGGCUACAAGUUUGGUGACUUCUCCCGGGGGCUUCUACAUCAAAUGAAGGUUGGGGUUCGGGACUUUAAGCACAAGGUCUCGGACACGGCACUCACCUUCAAGGAGAACAGUGAGAACCGCACCGUGGAGUAUGUGCAAAAACUGGCAGCCACCGAUGAAGCCGUGCAGGACAUGGCGCAGAGUUUGGACGGCACGAACGCCUCCACCGUGGCGGAGCGCUUUUGGAAGGAGCUUUGCAAGGCUGCUCACACCGACCAUGCGGAGCAGAUGGAUGAGACCAUGACGGAGGAAUCGUCUGGACUGCUGCAAGUGGAGGUGCUCAGCGCUGGUACCGACGAUCGACCAUUGCUGCGCAGCGACAAGGUCCGGGCGGAGAAGCCCGUGGUGCUGGUGAGUGCGGGGGAAAGACGAAGCAAAGCGCUGAAAGAGGGGAAGGCGGCCAAGUUCCAGGUCUUCGAAAUCCUGGGUGCAGAUUUGCUGAUCUUCACCUUUGACAGGGCCAGCUCCAAGUUCGAGUUGGGUGUGGAGGAGAAGGCUUUCUGUGGUGGCUGCGUGCUGCCUUUGUGCGCGAUCUUGCAGCCGGAGCACAAUAGUGGCCUUGGCGUUGCUCUGGAGAGCAGCCUGAGACAGAACAGCUUUGGAGUCACGCUGCAGCUACAGCUCCUGCCCUUGCCACUGCUGCGAACCCGGCGCAAGCUGCAGCGGGGCGACCUGUCGGGCGUGAAGAUGCCACAGGAGAAGCUGGGCCAUGUCAUUUUGAAGCUUUCGCUGCAUCUGAAGGAGAGCCCUGCGAGUCUCUACUUCCACCCACGCGUGUUGGACGUGGACUGUGCUGAAAGCAAAGGCCAUGUGAGCGACCCCUUCAGCGUGAUCCGCGCGGUGGGGAUGGCGCUGGUGAGAGUGCAGUCGGCGCUGAAGCUGGACCUUUGGAAGGCUGCCAUUGAUGAAAUGCGAGAGAAUGUGUUGAUGAGUCCCAUCUUGAUCCUUUGGUGGACCUUCGCGAUGCUGCGAGCGCCACUCUGGACCUGGCCCUUCCUCUUGAACUUCUUCCUGGGGCUCUUUGCUUGGACCCUGCGUCAAUGUCAUGAGCAGAGAACCUGGAGACGUUUGUACAUCGAUGAAGACGGACAGAAAGAGGAUCCUCCGGAUGUGGUGAAGGAGGCGGUGAAGGCGUCGUUGAAGAUGAUGCAACUCACCGAGAACUUGAACAAAGCUGCUGCUCAGAUUGAGAAGCUUCGCUUCGUUCUCAACUUGGAAGACCGAUGCUUGUCCAGUAUUUGCUUGAUGCUCUCCUUGGUCUUCUGUCUACCACUCUGUCUGGCGAGCUUGGUGGCGCAAUGGAUCUGCUCCAGUGGCCUUUGGAGGUACUUGCUGUGGAUUCCGGGAUCGAUACUCUUCUUGCCUAAGGCGAUGCGCUUGGUGAUCUUCCAAGAGUUGCAAAGGGCCCAAGACCUGAAACAACAGCUGCUGGGCGACGAGUUGGGCAGGAGGAUGGCAGGCUUUUGGCAGCGAAUCCCAGACGAGACCGAGGCCUCUCAUCUCUACCUCUUCAAGCACUACGUCUUCCACAGCAGACAGUGAGCUCGAUUGUUUUGAACUGGUGGGCUCUUGUACAAAAACCAUUAUGCAGAUACGAUACGGAUGGUCAGAACGUCCGAUGACUUUUUGGAUCUUUUGGGAUGGUUUUGGUACUUGCCGAC